AUGGCACAGGAGUUUAGUUCUUCGCGAUUCGACUUUCACGUGACCUUGCUGGGGGGCAUCAAGUCCGACAACCUCCCGGAGCUGAAGUCCACGAUUGAGAAGCUGGCUGGUGGGCUGCAACCCUUCGAGAUUUUCUUUGGCGAGAACGCACUAACGGUGUAUGACACGUGGAACCAAAACAUUCUGCUGCUGGCGGAAGACGGUGCCGAGUUGAAUGCUGCGAACUUGGCGGCCCGUCGGUUUUUGAUCGACGCAGCUGCGGAGGAGCCUGCUUUCGCUGCUCCGAGCAGAAGGCCACAUGGAUCUCUGCUUUACGGCCCGCAUAGCCUGGAGGAGCGACAGGCAGCAGAGCGAUGGGCCCGGCAAGAAGCGGCAUGGAUUCUGGCGCCAUGGAGCUUCAAAGCCACGCACAUAGCGCUGUACGAGACAGAGACACCGCCGGAGAGACGGUGGGAAGGCGUACCAACUUGGAGGAAGGUGGCAGAGUUCCCCUUUGGGAUCACUCUGACCGACUGA